UGCAGACUUGAAGCACCCCCCCUUCCAGUAGAAUGGGCUUGAAGCUUUGACACACAUACACACACACACACACGGGCACCACGUUGACCAGCAGACAACCCGGUGCUCCUUGGUUUCCUAGAACCGACAGAUCCGAGUGACAGAUGGAAGACAAGUGGGGGGAAAAUAGAGGAGGAUGGAGACUAGAAGGCAAAGCAUGAAAAGAGACAAGGCUGUGUGACAACGGAGGGAUCAGUCGGAGGAGAGGAAACCGCAGCUCGAGCAGAUCUGGCCAGGUGAGACGAAGAUAGGAUGAUACGAGGGGAGCAUGGAGAAUACCAACGUCAGUACCACACGCUGGGCAACGCGGCCCGCCGCUUCUCCAAUCCAGACGUUGAGGCGAUGGCCAAGAUACAUGCUGCGGAUGCUGAGAGACAGCGGGGCAAAUAUCCACCACAGCAUGCUGCUACCCUCGUCAGUGCCAACUGUUCACGCCAGCAGCAACCACAUUACUGGAGCUUUAAGGCGAGGACUCCGCGUGCCAGCAGUGGAGGUCAUCAGUCUCUUGCUGAUCAGGGAGGAGGCCGGUCGUUAUACGCCUCGGCAGAGAAUCUAGAGACCAUGGGCGACGCUGAUCUUGCUCUUGGCUUCAGCCGCUCCAACCGCCUCCGACAGAGCCUGCCGCUUGCCCGCUCUCCCAGCCAGAACAAGUUCCGCCCACCAGGCGUUUUGUUCCUGCAGUUUGGCGAUGAGACACGGCGUGUUCACCUCAGCCACGAGCUGAGCAGCAUGGAGACACUGCAUGCACUGAUUGUGCACGUCUUCCCUCAGCAGCUGAACAUGAGUGCACUCCGCUCGCCCGCUACCGCCAUCCUCAUCAAGGACGAGGCGCGCAACGUCUUCUACGAGCUGGAUGACCCUCGCCGGAUCCACGACCGCUGCGUCCUGAAGAUCUACUGCCGAGAUGGCGCGUUCACCACUCACCACCACGCGCAUCAUGGCCACGUCACUAACGGAGACCUGAGGAGGGAGCUAGCGUACACAUCGCGUGAAUCUUCUCCCACUCGCCGCUUGAACCCUUCAUCGUCCUCUCCGUCGGCUUCCCCGUCCCGCCCACACUCCCGCCUUGCUUAUGCAUCUGUUCGGCCUUCGUCGUACGCUGGUCCACCCCCUUCCCCUCAGCCCCACCCUUACCAGCACCAGAACCCCAACCAUCCUGCCUUCUGCCCCUCCCCCAGUGCCAUCCUGGAGCGACGUGACGUCAGACCGGACGAGGAGGCACCAGCAUCACCAUCAAAGAGCGUGGUGCUCCUAAAGAACGAGGCGGCGUAUGCCGAUCCGUAUGCACUCGUCCAUGGUGUGGCUUCAGCCCAGUCACUUGCUUUCCGACGUGGUUCGCUGCGGUCCCUGAGUCCUUAUUCAGCAGCUGCUCUGCAUUGCGAACUAGACGCUGCCCUCUACAGACCUGGAGGGCCACUUUAUGGAGAGCCUUAUGGCCCGAUGGGCUUCCGAACUUUACCACCUGCAUCACCACAGAAGCUGGAGCCGUACAGGGGUCACUCGGGUCGGGGAUCACCGGGAAGGCAAGGCUUUCGAAAAGAUGGGGCGGUGUACGUUGAGGGUCAUAAAGCACGAGUCGGGGGCCCUCUGCUAGACCAGAUGUGUGUGAUGGGUGGAGCAGGUGGGGAGGGAGUGGCACUGGCAGGAUAUGAAACCGACACGAGGGAGCGAAUGGAGGCCAUGGAGAAGCAGAUAGCCAGUUUGACCGGUCUGGUCCAGAGUGUCCUUACCCGUGCCCCCGACAGUCCCGACAAGGCAGAAACAGCAAGCGACUGCUCAGCACCUGAAACUGGCAGGUCUAUUAAAGGAAAAGCCACGACUCCCUCGGCUCCUCUGGCCCUGAUGCCACCGCCGCCCACUGGCAUGUCUCAACCGAUUACGAUGUCUCGUUCCCAAAUGCAGCUGCAUCUUAGUGACUUGCAACGGAGUACUCUGGAACUACGCAAGCAGCUUUCACAGUUACGCAAAAUACAGGUGCAGAAUCAGGACUCUGUGCACACUUUGCUGAGGCAAGCAGAGGCCGAUUUGGGUCUCUGCCUGAUCGAAGCAUCUCGGAUGCAAGAAGAUCCUCUGCAACGCCAGCGCCUCCUAGUGGAGGAAGAGAGGCUGCGCUAUCUCAAUGAAGAGGAACUGAUUAUACAGCAGCUACAUGACCUGGAACGUUCAGUGGAGGAAAUGAAGACAGGGGCAGGGUUAAACCAUCGCUUGGUAACAGAACAGGAAGUGGAACAGAAAACUCAAGAGCUCGAGAAGCUCGGAGAGACACUGACCAAACUUAAGAAUCAAUUCCCGACGCUGCAAAGUAAAAUGCGCGUGGUGCUGCGAGUCGAGGUCGAGGCAGUGAAGUUUCUGAAGGAGGAACCGCUGAGGCUCGAUGCUUUACUGAAACGCUGCAGAAACAUGACAGAUACACUCACAUUGCUCAGGAGGCAGGUAUCCGAAGGCUUAUGGAAGACUCCAGAAGACUUCAGCAGCUGCAGCGAUAUAGAUUUCACAAAGAGCUGUGAUCUGGACAUUCUAACCAGCCCUUCUCUGACCAGUCUUCCUGACUUCACAGGCAAUUUAACAAGCUCUAGUGGUCUGUCAGGCUCCUUGACGACAAACUCUGCUAACAUAGGUUCUGGUGCCAGUCUGUCUAGUGCUCUUGGCACCAGUCUGGGCUCGAGUAUGAGUGGUGCUACAGGUUUAGCAGGCACUACCACUCUUGGGAACUGGCUGGCUAGCACAGGAGUUGUGGACAGCAGCAUACCCGAGCAGGAUGGCACCUCAGCGGGAACACUUAAGAGCCGUGGCAUUGAGGAUCUGCCUACACGGAGAGAAACGGACAAAGGGGUGUCCGUGGAAGUCCGUCUGGCAGCAGAGCGUGAUUGGGAAGAAAAGCGGGCAAGUUUAACCCAGUUUAGUGCCCAGGACAUAAAUCGUCUCCUGGAGGAGACACAAGCAGAGCUGAUGAAGGCCAUUCCAGAUCUGGAUUUUGCUGCCAAGCAGAUCUCCAAACCUGCUGUUCCCCCAAAACCACAGCUCUCUUCUUUACCCAAGCCUGCCUCACCAUCCUCCACACCCAGCUGUACACCUGAACACCAACCGGGAAAGCCGCCACCUAAACCAGCUGGCAAGGAUGGCAUUCAAAGAAGAGAAUCAGGGGAGUUGACUGUUCCGAGGUAUAGAACAGAGAAGCCGUCCAAGUCUCCACCACCUCCACCACCACGCCGCAGCUUCCCAUCGGGGCACAGGCUCACGACCAACAGCAGCGGAGAGGUCAUCAUUGUUAACAAGGGUGUUAAUAAACCGGAAAAGAACGAUAACUGUGAGGAGUCAGAUUCACUAGUCCAGUCUCAAACACAACCUGUUAAACUCAGACGACCUUCGGCCUCUGACGGGCCUCGACCCUCCUCCACGCCGCCAGUUAUUUCUGCUUCUGGGAUGAAAGACGAUGAGGAUGAGGAGGAGAAGAUCAUGGCAGAGCUUGAGAUCUUCCAGCCAGCACUGGUAAGGCCCGUCACAGCCAAGUCCAUCAAGCUCCCACACUCCACCAGUCCCGAGAGCAGCGAUCAGACUUUGGGUCAGUGGACAUGCAGCAGUUUGUGGUUAGAGAACGCAGGAACUCCUCAAGGGACGGGUAAGACGUCGUCGUCUCGUCUGAAACAGCUGCAGCAGAGCAGUCUGGAGCGGAAAAACAGGAAGCAGCGCGAGCAGCAAGGCCAGCAGCAGGCAUAACCGAAUGCUGUGCUUCAUGCCCUGAAGAAAGGAAAUAAAAUUUUGAUUAAGGCCUAUUCUUUUUCAAAUAAAUUUAAACUUUUUUCAAACCUAUCCUACUAGAUCUAAUAUACAGAUUUGCACUUUUUGUUUCCUGAGGCAUAACCCUUUUUGCAAGUCAAUUCCCGUUUCCCUUUCUAGCCAAUCACAGCCUCUUUUUCUCCUUACUGGCAUGUUGCCAUUAAUUUCAGCCAAUCUCUGUCCUUCGCUCUGUCCUCCCCUGAGAUCUGAUCCUAUCCAAGGUGAUUAUACCAUGAAGGUGAACCGCGAGGACGACGCAUGCACCGGACCCUGAGUAGGAAACUGAACGUCAGGCUUGAACAUGUUAUAAUACAUUAGGGUAAGUUAGAGUAAUUAAAUGUAAUAAUGUAUCACUGUAUGUACAGGUAAAUAACAUCAACAUCAGCACCAUGGGGUAUUUAAUCUGUAGCCCAUACGCAGGUGUGCAGUGAGCAAAUGUAAAUUUGUGUAUCGGGAUCAAUUCACACUUCAUACAAGCAAAAAGAUUUAACAAAAUGCUGUGUUUUUUUUUUCAUUCGAUUUCUUUAGUUUUGCUCUGGAGCUGCAAGUCUAUAGCUAACAUAAUAUAACUAAUAAAAUAUCUAACCUUCACUAAUAGUCUCUCACCCCUUUAACUUCUUCAAAAAAUAAUGAUUAGACUCUUCCUGUACUCUAGUAAUAAAAAAACAUGUUAUAAUAAUAAUAAUAAUAAUAAUAAUAAUAAUAAUAAUAAUAAUAAUAAUAAUAAUGUCACCACCUGGAAGUUUAUGGAUUUCCUUUAAAAUAUUUAAGGACGAAUAAACAUUGUACGCUUGUACUUUUCUAUGAUGUAACUGUGGAACAUCGACACCAAGUCAUUUAUGCUACAGAAAGCUAUAAACUCUCAAGUGAACAGCUACAAUUUAACAAACAGUUUAUCAUGUUACAGAGAAACCGGAAAGCACAACCUUCUCUGCCCUGAAGAUUUUCCUGAAGCAUACAAGUCAAAUAAAAAUCUCCUUUCAGCCAGUUUGUUAAAUGUCUACUAAACAAGUAGUUUUAUUUAUGUUUUUGAACUGUUGAAACUGCAAACGUAUGAAACGUCUUGCAGAAGACUUGCGGAAAAUCGCAAAACUUUGUAAUUUCGAAAAAAUUGCUUAAUUUCAAAAUUCUGGAAUCUGUCAAUAUUGACUUGAAAAUUGCUGCUGUAGAAAAUGGUUUAACAACUUUCUGACCGAUUCACAAUCCAGUAAUCACAAUAAAAAAUUUUCAGGCUUCCAAUAUAAAUCCCGAAUUACAUUUUGGAUCCGGGACACGGAUGUUGUGCUUUAAACCAUCAAUAACGUUAUACUCGACCACCAGGUAGUUAUUUUAUUAAUAUUUAUUAACUGGACUUCUAUUGGUCUACUUUAGUCUUGUAGCAUCAGUGCACAACUAAAAAAGAAAGAAAGAAAAAAUUCACCACACCAUAAACACCUCUAAACCUAACAAAUGACACAGCACUUUCGAAGAGACCUCACUAUCCACAAAAUGCAUAUACGAAAUUAGCAACCAACUGUGAUAACUGUGAGAAAUUUAGAUGUAUUUAUUACCAAAAUUGUGUUUAGGAAAUACUCCUAUAUAGUGUUUGUAUGAUUAGAAUCUUUUGUAUUUUUGUAUUUCAGAAAGAAAGAGUACACAGAGAAAUCUGGGAGAAAAAAAAAAAGAAAAAAAAAUGCUAAGCUAAUGCUAAAUCGAGCGAGGUGUGCUAAUUCUGUGUGACAGAACGCUAACAUGCUACUGUAUAUUCGAUUAGAGUUGUAUAUCUAUAUAUAGAUAGACAGAGAGAAAGAGAAAGAGUUUAUUCUAAAAUAAUAAUCAAAUGCACAAAAUGCGUGUUAUUUGCGUGUGAUAGUGAGAAAACCCACUUUUUUUUAAUAGUCAUUACACUUAUCUUUUUAAUAUCAGUAAGCAUAACUUUUUUUUUAACGGAUACAUCUUACAUAUUAAUUAAUUAUUAAUUGGAACUGUUUCCAGUUUUGAAUAAAAAUAAAAAUUAUUAUUAUUAUUUUUUUUUUUAAACCCCCCCACAGGAUUUAGUUGUUUUAUCUGUAAACCAGUUAAAGACAAUCAGAGCUGUUUUAGACGUGAUUCUACACAUAUUUUACACACUAUAAGGCGCACGACGAAAGCUCCGCCUGCCUUUUCUGUUGUUUUUAUUGGAUACUCCUUUACCCUGGUAGUCGACAAAAUUUCACGUCCCAUUAUCGUUGCUGUACUUCACGAUUAUAUGGCUUUUGUUCCAUUAAAAUUCGUUUUUGUGUUGUCAUUUUUAAGGGCAGUAUUUAUUUUUCUUUUUGUUUUUUUUAUUUUUAUCCCACUGAUGUUGCUGUAAUUAAGGGCUGUAUUGUUUUUAUCCCAUUAUAGAUUUGCUGACCUGUUACUGUUUCCACACCAGUAGUUUUCUCCCCUUCACCCGUUCCAAAACUUUUGACUUCUGCCAUAGUUUUUGUCCUCUUACGGUUACCAUUGUCAAAGAGCUGUGUUGGUUUUUCCCUUCUAUUUGUAAUGCCACUCUUUUUCCUGUUAGCUUUGCUGACGUAUUACUUUUUGUCUCCGUAGCAUUGCUGUACUUAUGGUCUAUAUAGUUUUUCCUCCAUUUAGGUCUGCGGUCCUGUUACUGUUUGAUCUUUUAAUGUUGCCGUAUUUAAACACGUGGUGUUGUUUUUGUCCCAUUAGAGUUGCCAUUACUUUUUUCAGAUUAGUGUCACCAACUCAUUUGUUUUUGUCCUGUUAGUUUCGAUAGAGUUCAGCCAUUGCUACAGUCCUGAUAUUAAUCUAGGAGUGGAGUUACGUUAAAUCAUUUAAACGCAAGAGAAAUACACAUCGUUCUGCGUCUUAGAGUUUGUAAAAUAUCUUACUAAAUGAUGGUAUAACUGCAGUGGACCUUUAGUCAUUGCUGCUAAUCCUGCUGAAGAGGAUUUUUACAAAACUCUCGACUCAGACACUGAGCCAGUUUGAUUCAGCCACUGGCAUUAAACAAAAAUACCUUAUUUUAUACAUGUCGCACUUUUAAUUCUUGGGCAGUGAAGCAUGUUACAGAAGCACAGAUCUCUUGGCUCUUCAAUCUGCUUGUCUGCUGGGAAAGCACACAUAGGGGUCUCCGAAUGAGCGUGAAACAAAAUGUGUAGAAAAUCCUUAACUGUACAUAAUCUGUGUUAUUCCAGUGUACUACUUUAGUGACUUUGUAUGUAUGUUUUUUUUUAAACGUUAAUAACAAGAUGUUAGUGAGAAAACAAUCCAGGCUCAUGCAAAAUUCGUAAGAUUCCUAACGAGCGAGAGCAAUCGAGACACGUUUCAUUUGGAGGAUGAUUUCCACCCACUCGCUCGAGUGAAUUCUUGCGAAUUUUGCUUUCGUGAGUCCACGUUGGCGAAACUGCAUGUACUUGAAGUCUGCAUGCAGAAGCAACUCUGUACGCUGUUUUUGAGUGUAAAAUAGAAAUAAAUUCUGUAUAAAAAAAACACAUAAAACAUAUUUUUUUGUUAAAAGAUAGUAUCAUAUCACGUACGUGUCGGGGGGUCGAUCUGGCUCACACGCUUUACUGUCGUCUGUAAACCUCGUAACAAAAACUAUUGUUCAAAACUGUGAUUAGAACAAUAAAGACUGAAUGCAUAUUUCCAACCGAUAUGAAUAACAGCUGUAUGGAGAAAUUAUAAUGCUGCUCUUGUGGGGUUGUGGGGGGGAAAUUAUGAAACUUACUUACGUACCAGAGACUGUUGGUUUUGUAUAUUACUGUUGUGUUUUUGUGAGUAUUAAAGUGUUCAAAUCUUGUACUACGGUCUGAAUCUUUAUCUCUUUAUUUAUUUAUUUAGACUCUAGAAGUAUUAAGUAAAUCACAGUCCAUAAUGUUACACCUUUAACUAUACACACACACACUACUUUAUUAGUAGCAUCUUUACAUUCAUGCUCAGUGCUGCCAUCAUGUGGCGGA